AUGGGAUUUUUCUUUUAUCAUUUUAAAGGACUUCAUAAAAUCCUCAAUAUCAUUGCUGUUACUGCGGAGGAAGAUCGUAUGCCUAAUAUGCCACUAUUGGCAUAUUUGAUAAAGGAUCUUUUCACACUCGGCAAAAACCGUCACGGAAAAGUCCAUCAUAAUUUAGGACAAAAGUUUCAGUUGAUACGUAACUUCCUGGAUAUAGAUCAUGAGAAUAUAGAAGAAUUCCCCAUUACUUGGCAUCCCUAUACUGACCAAAUGCUGCCUCCCGACCUGCAUGAUCAGAUUCAAUACCGAACUAUCGUCACCCCAUUGUUUUGCUACAAUUAUGUGGAGCCUCAUUAUCCAAAUGUUGUAGCAAAACAGUUCGCGAAACUUGAUGAUAUUGACUUGACCGGUGUUGGAUCUGAUAUGGGAGUGAUUAUUUCAAAGGGAAAUAAAGGCAAUCAUCCCAUCAAUUUUAAAGAACAUUUUAAAAGAGAGCUGAGACAAUGGGAGCAAUACUAA